GCUGCCGCAAAGCGCGGCCGGGAAGAUGGCGGCGCGCUGGGCGCUGGGCGCGGGUGCUGCCUGGGCGCGGGGUCUCCUCAGCUGGGCACGGCCAGAGAGGUUGCUGCCAUGUGGGAGCCUCUUGCCUCUGUCCUGCAUCCACACCAGCACAUUCCUGCAGAAAAUUGGGAAGUGGGAGAAGAAGAACAGGAUUGUUUACCCUCCCCAGCUGCCUGGAGAGCCUCGCAGACCGGCUGAAAUAUAUCACUGUCGGAGGGAAAUAAAAUACAGCAAAGAUAAGAUGUGGUACCUGGCAAAACUGAUAAAAGGAAUGUCCAUUGAUCAGGCUCUUGCUCAGCUGGAAUUCAGUGACAAAAAGGGAGCAAAGGUCAUCAAAGAGGUUCUGUUAGAAGCACAGGAAAUGGCUGUAAGAAAGCACAAUGUGGAAUUCAAAUCAAACUUACACAUAGCGGAGUCGCAGACGGGCAGGGGCCGCUACGUGAAGCGCCUGCGGUGCCACGGCAAGGGCAUGUUUGGCAUGAUGAAAAUCAGCAGGUGCCACUACUUUGUGAAGCUGGUGGAAGGUCCUCCUCCUCCCCCAGAGCCACCAAGGACUGGCUUUGACCAAGCAAAGGAAUACGUGCAGCAGCUGAGGAACAGAACCCUGGUCCACACACUGUGACUCACUUUAGUGGCUGUAGAGGUGUCUCUUGUUGGGCAAUGUAAUUGUGUGAAGGAAUCAUUAAAGGCAUGGUUUAAUUAUAUCUUUGGUGCUGCUGGAGCUGGGUGAUGUGAGAAAAAUCAUGGGUUUUUCCUUAUUUGUCAAGUCAAGGGUAUGGAAAAAUCUUGGAGCAGCAGAUGUUACUUUUUCUGAGUUUCUUGGACCACAGCAUUCAAGCUCAACUCUGAACUGUCAAAUUUAAUACAUAUGGUGCUGUUAUAAAGCUUGGUGUCUGCUGUGGAUGGUGAGACUUUUAGUGUAAAACUCUGUGCUUGACAGUCAUGUUGCAAGAUCAAACCUCAAACUAAAAUUUGACAUCUUAAAGUAGUUACAACAUUGGAAAAAAACAAGUAACAGUGGACAAAAGCAAAUAAUACUGUCUCAGAAUAUCAGACAUCAAUUUUUGGCUUAUCUGGGCUGUAACAGCCUUCAUUGUGUGUCUUGGGAAUUGUGUCUGGGAGAGAGAAAUAAAAAAAUCCUUGGAAGUUCAGGCUCUGACAGUCAGUAGGUGGCAAUAUUUAGUUUGUCACAGAGGAGGUGGCAGUGAAAACUUCCAGAAUGGUCAAACUCUUUUGGAUUUUGCCCAUGGCAUUAAUAAUCUGAUACAGGCAUGGAGUUCAUGCUGCUCUCUCUGGCAAUUCAUUGUGGGUAACAGGCAAAAUAUGGAGAAAAGCUUAAUUCUGCAUAAAGCUUAAUUCAAUGCAUAAUUCUGCAUUGUCUGGAAACAAAUUGCUUUUGAAACAUUGAGGAAAGUGAAAGACUCCAUGGAUUUCAUAUGGAAUGGCUUGUUGCAUGUACAAAUCAACCUUUCAGUUCUCUGAAAACAAUCCCAUUUUUAUCAUUACUUUUUUGAAGAGAAGAAGACUGAGAUUGAUAGGGGGAAUCUCAUUUCACUCAAGUCAAAUUUUCAAAUCAAGAUAGUCAGAAUUGAUGGACAUCAAAACAGAAUGAGCAGCUGCUUGUACAUGCAAAUGUCUGAUAUUUGGACCUUUCUUUUCCAUUCUGGUAACAUUGGAGUGGGUGAUAGCUUGCUUACCUUACUUGAGUCUUUUUACUGCAACAACUCAUGGUAGCUUUUCUUACAUGUGUUUACUUUGGUCAGUAUUGGCUGAUGGGAAACGGAAAGUUCCUGUAAGGAAACAAAUUAUUUUUAUUGUCUUGACAAAGGCUGGAACAGAGUGAUUUCUUUUGGCUACCAAAGAAAGAGUUCCAUGAUGUUUAGAAGCACAUUGAGAGCUCAGUACCAUUAAUAGGGCCCUAUUUGCAAUCUGGCUCUCUGCAGUGCUGGUUCUCUUUCAAACACAUUUCUUGCUGUAAAACCACGAUUUAGUAACUUGCCUGAAAGGUGUGUUCUGAUAAAACUCUAUCUCUGCAGUCCCUGAUGUGUGUUUGAAGAAGUGUUUCUGUUGUACUGUGAUAAACAGCUGUGCUUGGCUCUGCCAGCUGCCCUUGCACUCCUCUGUCAGAGUGAAUCUCUUACAAGUUGUGGCAGAUUUGAAUUGUUUAUAAUCUUUUUGGGGAUGACUGAUCUGGGAGAAGACUGAAGAAUUGCAAAAUAAUCCAAGUUUAAUAAGCACUCAUAUAUAUUACACUUAGACACAUGUAAAUAUCUAAAACCUGGCUUUAGGUAUUUUAUUCCAGUACCUAUUUCUCCUGCAUGCUGUAGAUUUUGCUUCAGAUCCUUUCUGGACCUCCAGAGAAGGCUGUAUCCUUAGAGAUAUCAUUACUGUGGUUAUGAAUCCACAGACAUAGAGAGAAGUGAGAAGAUUUAUUUUCCAGCUCCUUUUAUGAUUUGCGGGUGGCCCUGAAAGUCCUUUAAACAAACAGACCUGGGCUUUAAAUAUUUUCAGUUAAAAAGCAAGGUUGUUGCUUCUUGUUUUCUUCUUCAAGACAGUAAGUGGGAAAACUCAUUUUUGGCAUGUUUUUAGUAUUCUUCUGUGCCUUGGUAGCAUUUUCUGCUGUCUUAAACAUGCAUAAUCCAGAGCUGAUCUUUAUGGUGCAGGCUAAGGAAGCUCCACAGCUGUGUCUGUGCCAGGAGUGAUGGGGUGAGGUGAGGAGCUGGCUGGGUCCCUGCCUUUCCCUGGUAAGGUGGUGAGAAUGUCUGGAGUGGUUUCUGUGCUAGGUCCAUCAGAAUGCUGGGAACUGAACCUUUUCCAGCUCAGUAAGUUGUAGUGACACAGCUUUAUACUGGCAAGUACUACAUAUAAUUGUAUAUUUAUAAACUUUAGAGGUUUGAUUCUACUGUGCUUUCAUGGUAAUUACAGUACAUCUGCACCUCAGUUAGGUGUUUGGUACAGAUUCAGACACAAAUUUCCGUGCUGACUGCAAUAAGCCUUUAGCAGAUCAUUUAUUAUAAAAGAAUGUUUUAAAGUGAACUGUCACCAGAAGGGAUGGAGAGGCAGUGAGGACUCUGCUUGGUGCUGAUUUCAUGAGUAACAUCUGGGGGCACUGUAAACUCAGCAUGGUGGGUGUUUGUGCUGCUGGUACAGAAACAGCAGAAGGAGCAAGUCCAUGUGAAGGUGUGAGGCUUCAGGGAAAUAUGAAGAGAGCAAUGUGAGAUUUAACUGAGGAGAAACUUGUAAACCUGCUGUUGGGCUUGUUCAUAAACAUUUUGAAGUAUCCAGUGAGAAGAUAGAAGUACUUUAGUCAGGCAGCCUGAUAUCUUUAUGGAUGUGUGUCAUUGGUUGUUUUUUUCCUUUUUAAGACUUCUGGGCAGUUAUUAAUGAAGUGGUUCAUCAGAGGUAGAGUAAGAAAGGCUCAUGAUUGUAGUUAUAAAAUGAUCCUCGUCCUUUUUUAAACAUGGAAGAUAAAUGAGAGUGUGAGAGUCAGUGACAGGACAGUUUGGUACUGCUGGUUGUGGGCAGGUGUGUGCUGGGAGCUGCUGUGCUGAGCUGGGCUGCACUAGGGCUCAGCUGGUACCUGGGCACUGACAGGUGUGUUCAGUGGCACAGGUGACAGGUGUGUUCAGUGACACAGGUGUGCUCAGUGACACAGGUGUGCCCAGUGGCACAGGUGACAGGUGUGUUCAGUGACACAGGUGACAGCUGUGCCCAGUGACACAGCUGUGCCCAGUGACACAGCUGUGCCCAGUGACACAGGUGACAGCUGUGCCCAGUGACACAGCUGUGCCCAGUGACACAGCUGUGCCCAGUGACACAGGUGUGCCCAGUGACACAGGUGACAACUGUGCCCAGUGCUUCAGCUGUGUUGCUGUACCUGCAGUGAACUUGCUUCGACCAAGGAUGUGCAGUACAAACCCUGUGAUUCCCUGUUGGCACAAGCUGGAGCUGUGUGACACUCCUGUGCUGUCACUUGGGAAAUCCUUCAGUCACUGGAGUGGAGGAGCAAUAGGAGUCACUGCUUCCUGCCAGUCCCUAUGAGAAUCCACUGCUGGGAUGCUGGAGAGUAAUUUGCAAACACAAUUCUGCUUUGAGUAGGAAUAAGGUUACUCCUAAUGUCCUCAGUGAACCACAGAACCUGAGUGUGACAUUCCGCAGCAUAUGAGCUACAGUCCUGCUGAAAAAGGCCCUACUUCAGGCUCUUCAAAGAACAAGCCUUUAUUGCUGAAUGACAUCUAUCCAGCAGCACUUCAGCCAUGUAAUUUAAAAUAAUUAAAAGCUGAACAAAGUAAGGGACUGUAAUGGCAGAAAUAAACACACAAGUUGCUGUUUGCUGGAGCCUUACAUGGUAAAAAGGACUUGAGGAGAAAGUUUCAGGACUGACUUUUGAGUACUCAGACUGAAGUAAGGAGCAAGAUAUCUCUUGGGAAUAGUCAGUGAAUGCAGAGCUCAUUUUGUAUUUACUCUGUAACAUCAACACUCUCUGCUUGUCUCAAGGAAGUUGUACAUUAGUACAGAGGGCAGGCUGCCAUUGAAGGGAACAAGCCAAGGAGAAAUUAGACAUUCUUGGGCAAAUUAGACAUUCACCUCAGGAGUAUUAGAUGAGGAAAUUAACCUAAAAGUCUACACUUGGAAACAAUGACAAAAUGUGGGGCAGAGCAUCAGAAUAACUUCUGGAUGUGUGGGUGGUGCCUGUGUGUACUGCACAGCAGUGCAGCCACCAAGGGCUGUGUGCUAAAGGACCUGUGGCACCCAUGAUCCAGCUCUCAGGGCUGUGCUGUUUGCACUCCUUUACUGCUAGGAAUUUGUCUGCUAUGUGGGUGACAAUUUCCUAUCCUAAUAGAAAAGUUGCAAACCAGUUUUUUGUCUUCCGUUAUUAAUCAAACUGAUGCCAGCUAAGAGUGGAGUAGAGGCAUUUUUACAUGCUGUUGUGGGAAACUCCAUCCAUGUGUGCAGCUAAUAAGCUGGGAAAUGUGUCUACAACUCUCCUAUUGAUUAUCACCUUCAGAGCAGAUAAACAUGGGUCCUUACUGUAUGCUGGCUGUGUAAAUUGAAACUUUAUUUAAAUGGAAGCAGAGUGAGAUGCCCUGCACUGGGCCAGUACAGGAUUGCUGUUCAAAACCAGCUCCUCUAGAUGCCAAAUUCCUUCCUUUCUUUUUUCCCCCCUUAAGAUUCCCAACAGUGCAUUAAGAUGAACUCAGUAGUUAGUAAAUUUUCCCCUGUGUAUUUUACAAGCUCAAGGUUAUGGGCUAGAACAAGCAGUGUCAUGCUAUAAAUCAGGUGUAAUGGAACAGCUUGGGAGAGUGCACAGGAGUUCUUCCCCUCACACUGUGCUUGUCCAAAACCUCUGAAGGGAGAGCUGGCACCAGCCCAGAAACCCCCACAAGUGUCUGAUUAAAUAAUUAAUAAUAAUUACUAAAUAAUUAUUUAAUUAUGCUAGUGCUGCUGCCCUCUCUCUUGACAGGUGAACGUGGCAAGACAAUUUUCAUUCUUUAGACCAAGGUGUAUCUAGAGAAAUUUGAGUGUGAAACAACCAGAACUAAGGUUCCCUUAGAAGGGGAAGGUGGAUUCCAAAGUCAGUGAAGAGAUGGGACAAAAUUGUUUGGAACUUGGAUUUACUUUGGGCUGACUGGAGUCAAGAGCAAGAAUCAGAAGUCUGGUGCAGUUACACCUCUCUCACCUCCAAAAGUCAGUGGAAAUUUCUGAGAUCAAGGCAAUACCAGCUCAACUAUUGGCUGAGUAGCCAGAAGUGUCUGCAUUUGUCUCUGUAUGUCACACUUCACAGCAGAGAUUCCCAGCUGUUCUCAUCAGGUCCGAGGUGUUUCAGAGCUACUCUUCAUUUUUCUUUUGCUCUUAUUAUCUGUCUCUUUAGGGGGCCUGUACUCACUGCUUUUGUGGGGAUGGAUGCUUGGAAAGCAAUUAUUGUUCAUCUCCUCCAUCUGCUCUGAUGCUGGAUAUGCCUGUCUUUUUGAAGGCUUUCAGAAUCUGUGCUGGGAAUGCAUUUCUCUUCCUAGUGUUGAGAGAUUUGUAUUUUUAAUGGCUAUUUGUUUUAUCUAUCACAUGCUAGAUUUAUUCACUUGAUAAUCUCUCAACAACAUGGGCGAUCUUCUCGUGUCCUGCUCUAGCAGCAUGCAGGGGUUUUAUUCAUGGAGCAGUUUGGCUUUGGGCUGAGAGAGCCAUGAGAGGUGAACCCUGCUGUGUGCUGAGUGUGCUCACCAGCCCAGAGCAGCAGGGGCUUGCAGGGAGCUGCAGCUGCUCUCAGGAUGCUGCUCUUAGAAGCUUUCUUUACACAUGUAAUGUUUGAGUAAGUUACUAUGUGGUGCAUGGCUUUCCUUCCCAGAGCGUGCCCUUCUUUAAUGUGAUUUCUUGCUGAUAAUUCUUGAUGGAAUUUUUGCAAUGAUUCCCUGUCCUCAGUUAACCACUUCUGGGUGUCUUAGGAGUUCUUUUUUAUAUCUGUCUGCUUUGAUAAAAAACAAAGGCAUCA